AUCGCCAUCAUCUCCAUCAUCAUCGUCAUCAUCAUCGCAACACCGACAUACGGACAGACGUACAGACAGAAGACAGGCAGGCGGGCAGACAGACGGACGGACGGACGGACGGACGGGCGGACAGGCAGACAGGCAGACAGCACACACAUCUCUCGAUACACACAACUGCAUCACAUCUUAAAAACACACACACACACACACAGACACACUCACACACACAUGUAUCUACCAUGUAUAUACACACACGCACGUUCUACAACAUUUUACACACACACUGACUACUACCACCACCACCACUACCACUAUUACUACUACUACUAACCGUAAUACCAGCACCGAAACUACAACAAUACGCCACAUCGUAUCACACGGAAAUACCACUAAGACGACGUAGACGAGCCGAGCAGGGGUGACUUAUGGACGCUCACCAUUACGAUGGACGCUUGUGGCAAGAAAAGAUUGUUAAUGGUUAUGACAAGUGGAUGUGCAGGGGCUGCUUUCGGCUUGCUCUGUAUAGCCGUUGCCACAGAUUACUGGCUGUUCACAUCGGAACGGAUACAGGAUGCUUCUUACAACACUUCAGCUAUCUAUAAAAGGACCUACUCCGGAUUAUGGAGAAAAUGCGAGCGAACGGUGGUCUUGCACUAUCAAUGAAAACUUCCACGAUAUUCCCGCUCGCCAGUUUACUGGUUUUACUUGUUGGUGGAAUUAUUUGCUUCGUAGGCCAUUGCAACACACGAAGAAAUAGGUUGACAUUUUUUGGGGGCAUUCUAUUUGUUUUAGCAG